AUGGCUACUGUUGUUGUGCAACAACAGCCUCAAGUCCGACAGUCCACCACUCCACCACCGGUUGGUCCAACACUCACGCUCAAUCAAAAUCGAUCUUCAACCCCUAUUCCCAACAAACAUCUUCCUUAUUGCCCUCCAGGACCUGUUCCCUCGCAGGGACAGAUCACCCCACCAAGCUCGCCGCCCCUGUGGAACGCCGCACCCAAGGCCAGUUCACUUCUAUACCCUCCCAACAACUACACGAAGCUGUGCAAUUCCCCGCCUAUCUAUGGUAUAAGCGCAAAGGGUCUUGCCGAAGCUCUCGAGCAUCAUGCUUCUCAGCCACUUCCUAAUCCAACGACGGUCUUCCCCUGGCUGCAUGGACUGCACCCAGAAAAUAGCAUUCAGCUGGCCUUCUUCGUGGCUAGAAAGAAGUCACUGAGGAAGAUACCAAAAGGUUUGCGAGGUAUAACCAUAAUAAAAGCCGGUGGCGAUCUCAGUCGCUCGCGCAUCAAAGGCGCUGUUGCCCCAGACGAGAUUCUAAACUUAUCCGAUAGCAAUGGCCGGGGUUUCUUGGAGUGUGAUCCUCGUGAGGGUUUUUCUGUACGCAACUUUCACAUACAAGCCGCAAAAUUGGCGCUGGUAUCCGAUAUUGUCGUUUAUGGUGACGAAGAUACCGACCAUCGCAUCAUCAAUUCAGUGGCCGAGAGAACUGCUUCAGUCCAGAGAAGAUGGCGCAAGGACCUGGAGAGCUGUGGACAGACUCCUGAAACUUUCAACACCUUUGUGCUCACCCAGCCAUUCGAAGAUUUUGAACAAGAUUAUCCAGAACUGGUGGCGAUUGAUGCGAAGGGCAAUUAUCCCGACCAUAGUCUAGAUUUCUUGCAACAAGAGAGGAGGGAAAUGUGUGCCAUGUCGAAAGCAUCGGAGAUAUCCCAUGGCAUUUUCCAGGGUCCGUCACCGGGACCUUAUACCAGCCCACCAUCGUCCCUCGAUGAUCCAGAUUUUGGCCUAUACAUUGAGGCCAGCGAUCAUGCAGCGCUUCCGGACGAGACUGUAUUGGCCGACAAAUUGAAGGAGCUGGAAUUCUCGGAAGGAACCAAGCCCGUUCAUCUCUCGUUUCCCAGCUCCGGAAGCAUCUUGCCGCCUUCUUGGUCCCAAGCCGAGGUUGAUGGGAUCCUGCGGAUGUGUGCUUGGUUGCACGGUCUAAUACACGUCAGAAAGCCUGUUGGCGAAACCCAAGAUAAGGAUGGUGAUGUUGAGAUGACGGAAUUCUCGCCAAAGUCUCGUCGAGUGCUCAUACACUGCGCAGAUGGCUAUACAGAGAGUUCGAUGCUAGCUGUUGCCUAUUUCAUGUACGCCGAGGGUGUUCCGGUGCACGAUGCUUGGAUCCGUAUACAUCGUGAGAAGCAACGCAAUUUCUUCGCGUACCCCUCAGACGUGGCGUUGUUGAUGGCGAUACAAGAUCGAAUCCUCCAGGAGAGCCCUAAGUUUGUUGGUACCAAAGUUCCUGAUGUACUGGCCCCCACCUGGGUAUCGAAGCUUGAUGGCAGCCUUCCCAGUCGGAUACUGCCAUAUAUGUAUCUGGGAAAUCUGACGCAUGCCAACAAUCCGGAGAUGCUUCGCCUGCUCGGCAUUCGACGCAUACUUAGCGUUGGUGAGCCAGUGACGUGGACAGAUGCCGAAGUAACGUCCUGGGACCGAGAGAAUCUGCUUAUGGUGGAUCGGGUCCAAGACAAUGGUAUCGAUGAACUUUCUCCUGAAAUGGAUCGUUGUUUGGAGUUUAUUGAAAGAGGGAAGUCUGAUGGUACGGCCACAUUGGUCCAUUGUCGUGUUGGAGUCAGCAGGUCUGCGACGAUUUGUAUCGCAGAAGUCAUGGCAAGCCAGGGGCUGAGUUUUCCAAGAGCAUACUGUUUUGUGCGUGCUCGUCGCCUCAACGUCAUUAUCCAGCCACAUUUGAGAUUUGUGUAUGAGUUGAUGAAAUGGGAUGAACAACAGCAAGGCAAGCGAGGGAAGACGCCUAAAAGAGAGCUUGAGUGGGCAGUUGUGGCAAGAGAAAUUGCUGCUAUGAACAGACCCUAUGCUAGGACAUGA